GGUUUUUUUUUUUUUCCUGCCAACAUAGCUUAUUUAUCUCUCCCUUUUAAUCAUCUCCCUUGGAAUCUUGGGGUGAGUAGCAACAGUUAGUUUAGGGAAGAUUUACAAACUGAUGAAAAGUCAACUCAGAGACUCUUUCUGGAUUAAGAAAGCUCUAUGUAGCACAGAAGACAGGCUAAUAUAUCAGAAAAUUAAUUCCAAUACCAAUUAAGCUCCAGAUUUAAGAGGGUUUUUUCCCUUAGCUAAUGUUCUUAAUGACAUACAAAUAUAGCCUGGACUUUGUUCUGCCUACUACACAAGGUUCUUAGUGCAAACACCAUGAUCAGACAGCUUGUGACCUAAAUGUAACAUAAUAUCCUGAGAUUGGGAUUGUCUCCCACCUAAACUAAGGUGAAGAAAAACAGCACCCCUGGCUAGUGUAGUAGGUUUGCUUGAAUAAUUCUGUUUAUAAUCCUUUUGCAAACAGAAUGGCCCUUGUACACAUACUAUACCACCAGUGGGGUCCAAUGGGAGCCCCACGUCAUAGUAAAUUAUAUUGGCUGUUUAGUGACAUAACUGCUCUGGCAGCCUGGAGAAAAUAAAGGCCUUCAGACUGGGCUUCCCGGGGGGCCUUGACAAGGAUGUCAGUGCCAGGCACCUGUUUAGGAGAAAUAUCCUGAAGCAAAUAAUAAUUACCUUCUUUGCUGAUAAGAGUCUCCCAGUAUUUUUCCAACAGCAAGAUUGCAUUAAGGUAUUUCCUUGGACCACAGCCUGAAUCACAAACUGAUACAUGAAUAUUGGCCCUAACCUCAGUCAAACUAUUGUAUAUGUGGUGGAACCCAAUGUUCUCCUUAUGGCCCUGAGUUGUUGUAAAUAAUACUUUCAGUUGCAUCACCUGUUCUUGUUGUGGCUGGGUUACUCCUUCUGGCUGCAAUUCUAUGUGUACCCACAAGGUGGCCUCGCUUAGGAAAGAGCUGUAGAAAAGGACCUCAAGCCUCUGAUGUCUUUUUUUUUAAGUUUGAGCCUGAAAAGGUGAAAAUAUAGUUUGAUGGAAACAUAUAUACCUCUUGAUAGGCAACAAACCUCAUUUAGCUUGUGACUUGGAAUUUGUUUGUGCCUGAAGUACCCUCUAAUCCUAUGUAUGGCUGGACCUAUCACAGGUGUUUUCCUGGGAUGGUUUAUACAUAUAGUCUUGGUUUGUAGUUUUGCUGUCUUUUUCUGUUUAUAGGAAAGUAACAGAAUAUUGUUUUGAGAAAUAUGAACAUGAAAUCAUGGAUAAUGUUGAAUGUUGAAUGCAGAAUAGGGUGUGGAAACCAAAGAGAAAACAGCUGGCAUCUGUGGUCAUUCCAGUGCCCACUCCCCUACCAUUUCCUCUCACAUCCUCUGUCACCCACCUGGCUGCCAGGUGCUCCCUGUACAUGUUUCCCUACUCAUCUGAGCUCCUGGACACUCUAUCCUCCACACAGGCAUAUUGGCAUGCACAGAUUUGCUCAAUGCGUGCACACAUCCCAUGCAUGUCACAGAUCUGUGCACGUGUUGGUACACAGACAGGCAUAUCCAGAGGAGGAGCUGAGUGGGUAGGUGCUAGCGUUGGCGCAAGUCAGCAAGCCACUGGUUGGGUGAGGGGACAUGAGGGUGACAAACUGCAAGAGAGAGACUGAGAAGGCAGGCAGUGGGAAGAAGGCAAGGCUCCUCGUGGUUAGGUUGGGUGCCUAGGGAGUGUGGUGUGUGAUAGCAUUGCAAAUCCAUAGGGAUAUAUUGGCUGACCCCUAAAGAAGGGUUUUUUAAACCAGCACCGCCCUCUACUGCACGCUAUCUACUGUUAUGGCAUUUGUAUUAAUUUCUCUAAGAAAUCAGUUCCAGUUUGGUUUUUACCGAUCUCCAGAGCCCUCUUUGGAGACGCCAGUUGGCACAAGAAAGUGCUGAACUGUUUACAGUCCCAGCCUCAGGUUCAGGGAGCGGAUGUGGUUUCACUGGGCCACAAAGCCCCGUACACAACUCAUUUGCAUGACUCCUGACGCCAUGUGACGCAGCCGGCUCCUCCUAUAUAAAGAAGCAGGAGCCGAAAUAUCUCUGAGUCUGGGUUGGACUAGCGGCCGUGGAGUUUGUGACACACUAGGUGACACCCCUCGAGCCACUUCCCUUCAAGUCCAGAGCGCUUGCCUGGCUUUAGGUCCUCUCGGCAGCGUUUGCCCCCCUCCUAGCCCCAGGGUCGGACGCCCAGAGUCCAGCCCCGAGCAGCGCGCCAGCAGCCCCGGCUGACAGCCCAGCCCGCCCCAGCUCCCCGGCAGCCCAGCCAUGAACACCGAAAUGUUUCAGACCCCCAUGGAGGUGGCUGUCUACCAGCUGCACAAUUUCAACAUCUCCUUCUUCUCUUCCCUGCUUGGAGGAGAUGUGGUUUCCGUUAAGCUGGAUAACAGUGCCUCUGGAGCCAGCGUGGUGGCCUUAGACAACAAGAUUGAGCAGGCCAUGGAUCUGGUGAAGAAUCAUCUGAUGUAUGCUGUGAGAGAGGAGGUGGAGAUCCUGAAGGAGCAGAUCCGAGAGCUGGUGGAGAAAAACUCCCAGCUGGAGCGUGAGAACACCCUCUUGAAGACUCUGGCCAGCCCAGAGCAGCUGGAGAAGUUCCAGUCCCGUCUGAGCCCUGAGGAGCCAGCUCCUGAAACCUCACAAUCGCCUGAGGCCCCUGAUGGUUCUGCAGUGUAAGUGGCUCUGCCCUCAGGGUGGGCAGAGCCACUAAAAUUGCUCUACCUAGUUCUUCCCAGUUUGUUUUCGGCUCCCCAAGCGUCAUCUCACGUGGAGAACUUUACACCUAGCAUAGCUGGUGCCAAGAGAUGUCCCAAGGACAUGGCCACCUGGGUCCACUCCAGUGACAGACCCCUGACAAAGAGCAGGUCUUUGGAGGCUGAGUUGCAUGGGGCCUCAUCACCCCAAGCCAGUGAGCCUCUAAUGCCACCGUGCCCUUGGGGCUCCCAGGGCCCGGGCACUUUGCUGUGACUGGCAAAGGAGAAAGGUAGUUUGACAUGUGAUGCCAGUUUGCUCCUGAAAGUAUAAGGGGGUCUGCUUUUCAUUUCCAUGGACAUCUUUAACAGCUUCACCUGACAACGACUGUUCCUAUGAAGAAGCCACUUUAGUUUGAAGCAGAGGCACCCUCUCUCUUAUCCCCUGCCUCACCAAAGCAGGGCCACAGAUGGGAGAGAUUGAGCCAAGUCAGCCUUCUGUCGGUUAAUAUGGUAUAAUGCAUGGCUUUGUGCACAGCCCAGUGUGGGAUUACGGCUUUGGGAUGACUGCCUACAAAGUUCUGUUUGGUUAGUAAUGGCAUAGUUUUUCUAUAUAGCCAUACAUGCGUAUAUAUACCCAUAGGGCUAGAUCUAUAUCUUAGUGUAGUGAUGUAUACAUAUACACAUACACCUACGUUUUGAAGGGCCUAAACAGCUUUGGGAGUAUUGACCAGUUCCUUAUCUCUUAAGGCUAAUUCUUUGACUAUGUUCAUUUACCAAAUUGAUCCAGUUUGUCCUUUAGGUUAAGUAAGACUAAAAAGUAAAAGCAGGGAGUAGGCCAGUCUCUGAAUGCGGCCACGGAUGCCUUGCUGCUGCAAUCUUUGCCGCGUCUGUCCUCUGAAGACGUGUGAGGUCCUCUUUUGAAUGCCAAACCCACCAUUCACUGGUGCUGACUACAUAGAAUGGGGUUGAGAAAAGAUCAGCUGGGACUUCAUAUUGUUAUUCAAAAACUUUUUUAAAUGUUUGUGGAAAACUUUCAAGUGAAGAGAACAGUUGGCUUGCUGGUGCCCUUCAUGGACAAGGGAUGAACAAGGCAAUGGCUUUGAUGUGAUGGUGCCUAGGUGAUGUGCUCAGGGAGCUUGUCUCUAGGAGGUUCUGUGGCAGUGAAUACUUUCCACUUUCUGACAACUUAUCCUGAUGUAUGUCUCCAGGAUUUGGAUUUUGAUUUCUCAGAUGUAGCUUGAAAUUUCAAUAAACUUUGCUCUUUUUUUCUAAAAAUAAA